AUGAGAAAAGAUGGUGGAUACCUCAUCCCCAUCAAGACAGAUGCCCCUUUGGACCCCGACAGUGUCCUCAAAACACUUUUCUGUCGUUAUACCACUGGCUAUGGCACAAGAGAUAAUGUAGAUUCAAUAUUGUUUAAUUCUUGGUAUACUAAGAAACUAGAAAAAAGUGAGGCAGAUGAAAAGUUGCGGGUAGUUCAGAAAGCUGCAGAAAUCAUUAGAGAAGAUAUACGUGCUGCCGUAUAUGAUUGCAGCGUUUAUCCACCCGCAGAAAAAUCCUCAGUUUUAUGCAAUAUUCCUAAAAGUUUAGACACGCUACUGGAGACAAUUAUGAAAUUAAAAAAUUUAGAAAAUGAGCGCCACGAUAUGAAAAAGGCAGCUAUAGGUCAGGCAAUAAUAAGCGCAUGUCGACCAAGGUCAUUCAUAUCUCCAAUUUUACUUGGUAUUGGUGUAUAUGUCCAUAGAGAAUUUGGCUCCAGGCAGAUCGUGGACUUCCUAAACAAUUGGGGAUUUUCGGUGACCUACAACGAAACAUAUCGAUAUCAAAACUGCAUAAUAAAAGACAAUGUCGAGACGGUUGCCAGCGAAAAUAGUCUUGUCCAGUACUGCUUUGAUAACGCGGAUUUUAAUAUUGAAAAUCUUACUGGCCAUGGCACAUUUCACAGUUUCGGAGGUAUUCGAUUGACUACUCCUUCGCCACCUGCAACACCAAAAUCGAUUGCUCGCCAAAUUGACAUUGUUUCUUCUACAGCAACAGCAGAGAAAGAUGACAUUUCCAUCAGUUGGUACAAAGCACCAAAGACACUUCCAUUGAAAAAUGUUAUAGUAAGAGACAUUAAAAUCGAUAAUACAGAAAUGAAAAAUUUAAUGAAAUGUGCCAAAACUUUGGAUCUAUUAUGGUUGUCUAGCAACUGGGCAGGAGUCGACAAACCACCAUCCUGGGGAGGAGCGAUGAAACUAGCGCUAAGUGGAUACGUGGAAUGUGAAAAAACAAGUGUUACAAUUUUACCUUUUAUUAAUAUGUCUCCAACUGAUCCAAGCACUAUUUAUUCUGCUUUGAAGUUUGCUUUAAAAGAAACUCGACAGCUGGGGCAAGAGCACUGUAUAGUAACUUUUGAUCAACAAUUGUAUGAUAAAGUGAUCGAUCCACAGGUUUUAAUAGCGAUGGAGGAGGAGGAAUUACGCAAAAUAUUUCCUUCAUACGGAGAUAGGAUUGCAAUAUUAGAGUUUUGUAACAGAUAUCAAAAUACCAAAAGUCGUAAACAAACUCUUUUGGAACGUUUACGCCAAAAAAUGUCAAGUAGAAAAAAAAGAAAUGCCUCGAGUUCAAGCGAAGAUGAAGAAAAUGAUCUUGAUAAAAAAACGAAGAUUCCAAAGAACACAAAAAUGCAGGAGACGCGCUUUGUCGAAAUUGGAUGGUUUUUGUCAACAAAAGAAGAUGAGGUACCGAAACAACCGCCUUCUACAACUGUAACAGUUCAUCGAGGUCACAUAUUCGAGGAAAUUCUUGAAAUUUUCGAUUCAAAGUCAAUAACGGGUGAUGUUAAAGUCCAAAUAGUGCUUUCCAAUGGAGAAUUGGAAGCAGCGGCUGACAUUGGCGGAGUUUGGAAAGAUGCCUUAAGCGAAUUUUGGGCAACAAUGUCAGAAAAAUGUACUGGUGGGACGAAUAUUUUGGUGCCUCAAUUGAGGCAUGAUUUUGGUUGUAAAAAGUGGCGAGCUAUCGCGAGGGUGCUAAAAAAGGGGUGGUCCUCUGUAGGAUAUUUUCCUGUUAAAUUAUCGAAAAUCUUUAUGGAAAAUUCCAUAUUCAAACGAUCAUACACCAGCGUUGAACAAGAAUUUCUGCAAUACAUUAAUGGGGAAGAUAGAUAUGUAUUGGAAGAAGCUUUGAAAAACUUUCAAACUGUAGAAAAAGAUGAGCUGAUUGAUAUAUUAGCACGAUUCGAUUGUAAAUCAUUGGUAACAGAGGCCAAUUUUAAGGUUAUUCUUGACGAAAUUGCCAAUAAGGAAAUUAUACAGAAACCAGCAUUUGUAGCCAACUGCUUCUAUGAAGAGCUUAGAAAUUUCAUGUCCCUUGAGGAGUUAGCCACUGAGUACAAAACACGACAACCAACCGCAAGAAAUACUUUAAAAUUAAUAAAGUUUGAAAAUGCUUCCAACCCGAAUCGUGAAAAAGUUUCUGAGCUCUUGCAAAAAUUUAUACGAGAGUCUGAUGAAAGAUUGCGAAAGUCAUUUCUGAGAUUUUGUACCGGUGCAGAUAAACCAUUGGGCGAUGAUAUAAAGAUAUAAGAACUAGCUUCAGGUUGCUCGAUUUCUGCCGAAGUAUGGCUUAAAGCUGAAUCAUUUAAAACUUUUUUGAACUUGUCACCAACAUAUUUAACGGAACAGGAUUUGUGCCAUUUGGCUUUGUUUGUUUGGAAGGUUGCUUUUAUACCAUCACCUUUACCUAAUAUAUCGACAAGGUACCCAGCAUCCAAUCUCUAUUGGACGCCCACAGCAGCUGAUGUCAACUUGACAGAAAGUAAACAACACAAGGAACCUUGCUUGAAACAUAGUGUGACCCAGGCGACCCUGGGUGCCGCACCACCUGCACCGGACAGUGCACCACCUGCACCGCCCACUCCAAAAGUUGCGCCGUCAGCCUCGACCAAAUCAUCACAACCGACGAACCUGGGACCAUACACUGCGCGCACCUGCACCGGUGUGACCCAGUGUUCAGUUCAAACGAGAGCAUCUGGAUCUCGAGCAAACCUAACCUCACUAGAGGAUAAUAUAAAUACAAUAACAGAAACAGCUGUUCUUAGUCACAGAAAACCAGGAAAAUCUGGGAAAACACCAGAAGAAUCAGAAUCCUUACUAGCACAAGCACAUAAAAUGGAAAUAGUGCAGACAAGGGUUAUGAAUGAAAUAAUAAAUCUCAGUCCAAACAGAAAUAACACGAAUCAUGAACGCAAGGAUGCUGGAGAAUCUACUUCUGAUGGUAAUUGGACUACUGUACAACAUAGAGAUAGAGAUAGAGAUAGAGAUAGAGAUAGAGAUAGAGAUAGAGAUAGAGAUAGAGAUAGAGAUAGAGAUAGAGAUAGAGAUAGAGAUAGAGAUAGAGAUAGAGAUAGAGAUAGAGAUAGAGAUAGAUAG